AUGGAGAAUGUGCUGAAUUAUAUUGGUCUACUGACUUCUGGUUUAUCACUGUCAUUCAUUCUCCUGCUAUGCUUUUGUUGGAAUAAAAAGCAUAGUUUAUUACCAAAACGUAGCAAUUCAAACAGUAAUGUUAGCAUCAAAUCAUUUAAUCAGAAAAACACUCAAGGUGAUCAAAAACGUCAUAUCACUUGUCGACUGAAAUGUCCCUUUCGAAGUGGUCGUAACCCGAAUGUAGCUGAUUUAACAUCCGCUGCUGCUGCUGCUGCUGCUCGUACUCCUGGUGACGUCACAUCCCCCAAUCAUGUUAUAAUUAAGAAUUCAAGUCUAUUCGACAAUGAAGGCGAUUUGGCGUAUGCGACUACAAUCGGAUUAAGAGGUGGUCUGAAUGAUACAGAUAUUAUAUCACCUGGUUACACUCUACUACGGCAAGAAAGUAACUCCCAUAGAAAUUGUGAACUUCCUCCGGUGCCUACAUAUUCGGAUACAAAUUUCAUUGAAAAUAAUAAACCGAUAAAGACAAUAAAUCAUGAACAAGCGGAUACCCUAGAGGAUAUUAGUGAUCAGCUGACGUAUUAUUCAGUACCAGCUGUUAAACGAUCAAUAGAAAAUGAUCAAAAUCUAUAUGAUAUCGCUAUUAUACCUAAGCUACAACAACAACAACAACAACGAAUUAAGCUGCAAACAAACACUUUCGAGUCGAAUAGUCGAUGUUAUUCUUCCCUGUGUGAUGAUGCUGCUUCAGAUUCGGACGGGCUGUAUGCAAGUGUUAAUCAACCGCCACCAUCUGUUCCCCCACCACCACUACCUCUACCUCUUCCUCCAGCUCCUCCUCCUCAUCAUCAAACUGCACAAUCCACUACUUCAUCUGUCAUUGUUACUGCUCCGAAUAGCAGUAGUACUCUGCGAAGAGAUUUACAAAAUACCAAAGUUAAUAGUAAUACUCAAAGAAGAUAUGAAAUUUGUCAAUCACCUUAUUACUCACAAUUAAAUGAUGAUUGUGAUGUGAGCAAUGAGAAUAGUAAAAAUAAUAUUAAAAACAAUAAUAAUAAUAAUGGCAGUGGUAAAGGUAACCCGUAUGGCGAGUUAAUCAUUACUACUAAUACUACUGCUAUUACUCCUGUUGCUAUGACAACGAAGCCGACAACAACAACAGGAGUAGCAACAACUAUGACUGUAACUACACUUCCUACAGAUAUUUCAAAUAUGCCGCCAAGCUGUGGUGAUGGUUGUGCUGGUGUAAAUAACAAUUUUCCUUGUGAAUGUCAUUCAGGAAAACAACAAGCAACUUCUCAAAUGCCUGGAAAUCAUGGAGAUUGCUGUGUAUGCUCUUGUACAACUCUCUCUAGUCAUUUGUAUGCUCAGGUUUUACCGCGCAAAAGAUCUGUUACUGAUCCUGAGACUAUGUCUAAUUAUACUAUUUAUAGUUCCAAUUAUAUACGACCACCAAUUCCAGCCAGAUGUUAUGAUCAAGCAGAUAUUGAUUUAGUGAAUCAAAUUCGAACAUGCUCUCGUCAACUGGAUACCAUAUGUCCAUCAACUGAAUGUAAAAUACUUACAGCACAUCCUAUACAUAAAGAGAAAACUCUUCUCAUCGGAUCCAAUAGUCCACAAAAUGAUCGAUUACUUAUCAGUAAUCAUCAACAGCUUAGUGGCAGUGUUGGUCCUGCUUGUGGGAGUAUCUGUAGUACUGGUGGAUGCAGUCCUAAUGUACGUCAAUCAGAUCCUCCCCUGUUAGAAUCAAAUUAUCGUCAUAUCAGCGUUCGAGAGUCAUUGGCUAAUUUACGCGCUAGAAAUGCUCUACCAAUUUUGUACAGUAUUAUAAAACAUGAUCAUGGGAACAUUGAUGUUGCUGAUUUGAAUCAAGAAUCUUCAGAAUAUGAACGUAUUUACCCUGAAUCAGCUGAUCUAUUAAAUUGUACAAAUAGAAUAAAACUGACAAAUGACAAACAUAAUAGUGAAUUAAAUUCACGUGGCAUUGGUAAACAUGUUGAACACUCGUAUGCAGAGUUGCCAGGUGCAGAUUCAGUGUGUGAUGGUACAUAUGCUCAUGUAUAUUCUACUGUACCAACUGAUGAUGAUUCAUCACUGCUGAGAACAAGAGCAACAACAACAAUUGGAUUAUGCAAUCAGUGUAGUCCAGCGGCAGCAGACAUACAUCCUGGUAUGAAUAUCACUAAUACUAAUACACGCAGUAAUUGUCCUUGUGAUAAUAACAGUACUGUUUUUGAUAUGAUCGUGACUACUCCCACAGCUAUUACCGUGACUUGUAGUGGUUGUAUUGAUACUUUUAGUAAAUUGGAUGGAAAUAUUUACAGUGUCCCAGAAUUAUGCCCUAAUUCAUUAGCUGCAUCAAAUACAAAUAACAAUAAUAAUAAUUUAAAUGAUAGAAUGUUAGCUGAGAUACAAGCCUUUCGUCAUAUGGAUAGUGAAGUGGAUUUAACUCAAUCUGCGAAAACAGUUGUGACUGGUAGCAGUGAAACAUCUCAUCUUCUGACGAAUGAACAUCCUGCAGCUAGUGACGAUUUGGAAAAAGGGAGGACGAUGGAUAAUGUCUACUUUUCAUCAAAGCCGCAAUCAGUUCAUCGUAUUAUCAUUCCUAAUCCAACACCAUCUUCAGUGAACAAUAUCAAUGAAAUGACUCCAUUAAUGGAACGUUCCACCGAAGACUUUUCCCUGCCAUCAACAAUAUCUCGAAAUACUUAA